AUGUCGCAAGGUGCCAGGGACAGCCGGAGCCUCCUCGUCCUCGCCGGGCUCCUCGCCGUGCUGGGGCUGGCUCCCACGUCGGCCAUCCACGUGUACACGCCGCGGGAGGUGUACGGCACCGUCGGCUCCCACGUCACCCUCUCGUGCAGCUUCUGGUCCAGCGAGUGGAUCUCCGAGGACAUCUCCAUCACCUGGCACUUCCAGGCCGAGGGCUCCCGUGACAGCAUCUCCAUAUUUCACUACGCCAAGGGGCAGCCCUACAUCGAUGACGUGGGCACCUUCAAGGAGCGCAUGCAGUGGGUGGGCAACCCCCGCCGCAAGGACGGCUCCAUCGUCAUCCACAACCUGGACUACACCGACAACGGCACCUUCACCUGCGACGUCAAGAACCCGCCCGACAUCGUGGGCAAGUCCUCCCAGGUCACGCUCUACGUCCUCGAGAAAGUGCCCACCCGGUACGGCGUCGUGCUGGGCUCCAUCAUCGGCGGGGCCCUGCUGCUGGUGCUCCUGGUGGUGGCCCUCGUCUACCUCGUGCGCUACUGCUGGCUCCGGAGGCAGGCGGUCCUGCAGCGACGGCUUAGUGCCAUGGAGAAGGGGAAGCUGCAGCGAUCGGCCAAGGACGCGUCCAAGCGCGGCCGCCAGGCACCCGUCCUCUACGCCAUGCUGGACCACAGCCGCAGCACAAAGGCGGCGAGCGAGAAGAAAGCCAAGGGAGCCCCGGGCGACUCCCGCAAGGACAAGAAAUAGCGGUUAGCGGGCAGGGAAGGUGCCGCGGCGGCGGCGGCGGCGGCGGGGGGUGACGCCGGGGCCCCCCGCGCCCCGAAAGUGGUGAUGACCAUCGAGAUGGAGCUGCGGGGGGAGGCCCCCGAGGCCGCCCGCUCGCCGUCCGCCGCCCGCUCCCCGAGCAAGGGCAGCCUCGCCAGCGCCCUGCGGAACAUCCUCAAGCCGAACUCGGAGAAGUGA